UUAAAAAUAGCAACAGUAUUACAUAGCGCGAACUAGAAUGCCAACUUAAAGCUGAACGUUCAACGUUCAAGGAAAAUUCUCUGAUCAGAUUUAUUCAGAGUGGCAACAACCGUCGUUGUAGCGAGAUAUGCGUUGAGGUUUGGUGUGUAUGUGUGCGUGUGUGUUCGUAUUGUGUUGGGACUACGUACGCGUGCGACACAGGAGAUUUACUACUGUACGUUUGAUAAAUCGGACCAAGGCUUGAGUGCAAAAAUGGAUUUUUCUGCGGUGAUAUUGUGUCGACAGAGGCAUCAAUUUCAUUCAUGACAGUUGUACCACGCCUGCUGCUGCAUCUUAUUACUGGUUUUAUGGUGUGGCAAAGUCUAGUCAGCCAAAAGCUUUAAAAAGUCAAUACUGAGAAAACAUGGAUGUUUCCAUUAGCGACAAACAUGGUGAGGAUUCGGAUUCUCUGAAUCACGAAACGUGCGGAUGGGGUCCAGUUCGGCCGAAAUGUUGUCAGCGGUUCCGCAGUCCCCGAUAUUUACUUCUGUGCCUUUGCGGAGCCUCUUUUAUCCAGGGAAUGGUUGUAAAUGGCCUUAUCAGCGUGGUGAUUUCCUCACUAGAGAAGCGUUACAGCCUCAGCAGCUCCGAGUCGGGCCUGAUCGCCAGUUGCUAUGACAUCAUGUCAGCAAUCAGUCUCAUUCCGAUCAGUUAUUUCGGCGGUAUCGGCGUGAAGUCACGCUACCUUAGCCUUGGUCUUCUGUCCAUAGCUGCCGGCUCUUUCAUCUUUUCAUUACCACACUUCACGUCAGACGUGUACAAUUUUGGACGUGUCGAUGACAAUCUGCUAUGUCUGAUGAAUGGAUCAUCAUCGUGUUCGACGUACUCGCCCUCCGCCAGCAAUCUCUCCGUCUCGGACUACAAAUUUGUGUUCUACUUGGCAAUGCUGUUAAUGGGAGUCGGAAGUGUGCCUUUGUUCACUUUAGCCCAGCCUUUUCUGGAUGAGAGUGUUCCUGUCCGCUCCGCAUCCUUGUAUUUAGGUAUAUAUCAUUGUUGUAAUGUGCUGGGUCCUGCUGCUGGCUACAUCAUCGGUGCUAUUUCCCUUAGUUACUAUGUUGACAUUGAUAGGAUACAAAAGGUGACGGUGAACUCCGAGAGUUCCCGUUUUGUUGGUGCUUGGUGGGUGGGCUUCCUGUUUGGUGCUCUAUUGGCCGCUCUGAUGGCUAUCCCGUUGAUGGGCUUCCCCGGAAUCUUACCAAAGACUACAGAUUACAAGGAAGGGCGCGAGAAGGAGACGUAUAAGACUGGGGGUCAGUCGGACAGAUCCCUGGGGGACGGGGACCAGAUGGGGGAAGGGGUUGGGGAGACUACAACUAAUUGUUUUGGCGUAUAUAAGUCUUUCAAGGUUCUUUUUAUGAACCCAACAUUUGUGUUCCUGACCUUAGCAGAAACGACAGAGGGUUUUGUUCUGGCGGGGUCGUCCACAUUUUUGCCCAAAUUUGCAGAAGUCCAGUUCAGUCUUCCUGCUGCCACUGCUGCGCUCUAUGUUGGUGCGGCGAUUAUACCAGCCGGUGGCUUAAGUACAUUCAUGGGCGGAUUCAUCGUAAAAAGGUUUAACCUGUCAGUAAGAGGGAUUUUGAAGUUCUGUGUGGGACUGAUGAUGACGUCCACAGUUCUAGGCCUCUUCCUUCUCAUCCACUGUCCAAGUGUACCCUUCGCUGGUGUCAACAUUGAGUAUGGUCAAGCUAGCUCCUCAGGGACCAAGUUCCUGGGUAGUUUUCGUUCAGACAGCUGCUAUAGGAACUGUAGCUGUACCCAGGCAGAUAACUACAACCCUGUAUGUGGAGUAGACGGAAUCACCUUCUACUCGCCCUGUUACGCUGGCUGUUACAACAUUGACAAGACAACCUCCCCCUGGGUUAGUAAAUUCAUAUAUGUACCACCCCCUAGUAACCAUGGAAGUCACAAGCCUACUAUCAACAGCGGAAAUGAUUUAGGAAUCACUGAUGAAGUAUCAGUUACGAACCAUCAAGUAGAAUUGACGAUCAUAAACAACAAUCAACGACGAGAAUUAACUCAACUAGACGUUGAAACGGAUCUCAAGCAGAAAACAGGUAAAACGUAUAACGGGAAAACAGAAGAUGAACAAGCCUGCGGAGAAAUACCAAUCAAUGUGAAAGACAGCGAUCCCUUCCGUACAGGAGCGUAUCGCAGGAUCAGUGAAGCGUCGCUAAUAUUGGAAAGCGCAAUAUUCAGACUUGUUCCUGGAUUUUUGAAAAGAAUACCACAUCUUAGCAUCAUGGUGAUACCUGUUUUGUUUACAAUUGUCGGCACCAUUACCUGUGCGUUUAUUCCGUUUGCUAUUACCUUUGAGCACCAUAUGAUCCUUAUGGGGUGUAAAGGCAUUUCGAUUGGUGGGACUGUCACAGUCAUUUCCAUAACGACAAUGAAGCUUGUGGGUAUGAAAAAUUAUUCCAUCGGACUUGGUGUUACUAUCUCCGGCGUAGGGAUUGGCAACUCGUGUGGAGGACCUAUAGCAGGUUACCUCAGAGACACAACAGGGUCCUAUACGCUGUCCUUUUAUGUUGCUGCUGUUGGUCUUGGUGUGGCGUCAUGUUUGAAUAUUGUGGCUGCAGCAAUACGGAAGUACAACGCAAAUGUCUCUAUUCGGCCUGAAGAAUAUCUGAAAAACAGAAGAGGAAGUAGGAGACGGUCCAGUAUUCUACCUUGGAAAGGAAAAGUGGAAUUUAUAUUCUGA